CUUUCUCCAUCUGCAAAUCGUUGCCGCCGCUAUUUUUUCCUCAUAAACCAGAUUGAACUUCUUCUUCUUCUUCAUCUUUCUCUAGCAGCGUUGGUUGGAGGAGGCUCACGCGGCUUGAAACUCGCCGGAGCAACUUCCGACCCACGGAUCCGAGUGAGUUUCUGAAAUCAGCGUGGAUAUUCACUUGGGAGUAAGGUGAUUUGCAGCUCCUGUACAUUUUUACAUCAUGCCGAGCCGGAGAAGUGACUCUGCCAUCAAGCUAAUUACAUACUCUGAGGAACUUGUGGAUGGAAAACCGUUCUAUGCUUUUUCCAAUUGUCUUCCUGUGAAGGCUUUAAACCGUGAACCUGCUGGUCAUGCCUUCCAUUCUGCUGCUCUUAAACUGCAUGGUUGUGCAGAGGAACCCACUGACAAUGAAGAUAGUGAUAAGAAAGUGGGAGAUGAUAAAGAGAAGGAGUAUGUUCCUUCAUUCAACUCAUAUGCCAACAAAGGAAAGAAGAAGUCUGGUACCCAGCAACAAGACCACUAUGCAUUGUUGGGUUUGAGCAAUUUAAGAUAUCUUGCGACAGAAGAUCAGAUUCGGAAAAGCUAUCGUGAAGCUGCUCUGAAGCAUCAUCCUGAUAAACUCGCUACUCUCCUUCUCUUAGAGGAGACAGAAGAAGCCAAGGAAGCUAAAAAAGAUGAGAUAGAAUCUCGCUUCAAAGCGAUUCAAGAAGCAUAUGAGGUAUUGAUGGACUCAACAAGGAGAAGAAUUUUUGACUCCACUGAUGAGUUUGAUGACGAGGUCCCAUCGGAUUGUUUGCCGCAAGACUUUUUCAAGGUGUUUGGUCCAGCUUUCAAGAGAAAUGCUAGGUGGUCAGUGAAUCAGCGUAUUCCAGAUCUGGGAGAUGAAAACACACCACUUAAAGAUGUUGAUAAGUUCUACAACUUUUGGUACGCUUUCAAGAGUUGGAGGGAAUUUCCUGAUGAAGAGGAGCAUGAUCUUGAACAAGCAGAUUCCCGUGAAGAACGGAGGUGGAUGGAGAAGGAGAAUGCGAAAAAAACUGUGAAGGCUAGAAAGGAGGAGCAUGCUCGAAUCCGGACUCUUGUUGACAAUGCGUAUCGAAAAGACCCGAGAAUUGUGAAAAGAAAAGAGGAAGAAAAGGCUGAGAAGCAACAGAAAAAAGAAGCAAAGCUUCUGGCUAAGAAGAAGCAGGAAGAGGACGCUGCUAUUGCUGCUGAAGAAGAGAAAAAGCGAAAAGAAGAAGAAGAAAAGCGAGCUGCAGAAUCUGCACAACAACAAAAGAAAAAUAAGGAAAGAGAGAAGAAGCUCUUACGCAAAGAAAGGAAUCGUCUUAGAACUCUCUCAGCUCCUCUCGUGGCUCAGCGUCUGCUUGACAUUUCCGAGGAAGAUAUAGAGAAUCUAUGCAUGUCACUUAACACCGAGCAGUUGCAGAAUCUAUGUGAUAGAAUGGGAAACAAAGAAGGACUAGAAUUGGCAAAGGUGAUCAAAGAUGGAUGCAAUACUAGUAGAAAUGACGAAGCUGAAUCUAAGGAAAAAGAAAGUAAGAAGACCAACGGUGGCACAGAGUCUACAACCCGAGUGUCUCAGUUAGAUAGUAGUACUGUGAAGAAACAACCNUGCAUUGACCGUGAAGAGACCUCCCGAGCCAGAGGUAGUCAGGAGCAGAGCAAAGCGGGACAAGCCCGAGCAUUGUAA